AUGGGUUUUAAAGUAAUUUUACAACUCUCACAUGCGAUCCAUGCUAAAAUUAUUGGAGCCUAUAAUGCAAUCCCUGCUAUGCCAACUACUUGCUAUAAUGAAACAAGAUAAAUAGAUGUUUCAAGUAAUAGAUGCCUUUGCAAAAACUAAAAUGAUUAAAGGAAUAUAUUUUAUUAAUGCAGCUAUGAAAAUAUUGCUGUUAUUGAUGCAAAAUUAAGUUCUACUUCUCCAUAACUUAGUAUUGAUUUGGGAUCCCCAUUGAUGAAUAUCAUAUCAAAUACACCUUAGUCUUUGUGCUCACAGAUAUUUGACGAAGCAACAUUAGGCAUACUUGGGUUAGAUUCUUAAUGCGAAAUCAAUAAGAAUAAAAUUUUGGUUAAUUUAAGUGACUCAUCGACAAUCAUGGAGAAUAACUCAAUUAAUUUUUUGCCAAAUAAGCUGCAGUUUAUAGAUUAUACGGACACUUUUAUUAACACAUUUUAUAGAAACAUUACUUUCUAAGAUUCGCCUGGAGUUCCUUAACUUUAAUUUAGCUAUAAUCACAUAGAAAAUAGCUGUAACUCUAUAAAUAUAACUCUUUAUAGUAUUCAAAACGAUGCAGGAAGAAAAUUUAUGAGUCUUAAUUGGACUUUAAAUCAAAUUGUAGGCUCCAUAAGCAGCGAGUAGUAAGAAAGUAUAAAGAAAUAUUAUUAAAAGCAAGCUAAAACAAAAACACUAGUUUGA